GGCACAUUUUAUGGUAAGGGGCACUCUGACAGGCACAUUUUAUGUUAAGGGGCACUGUAAUGGGCCCAUUUUAUGUUAAGGGGAACUCUGAUGGGCCCAUUGUAUGUUAAGGGGCACUUUGAUGGUCACAUUUUAUGUUAAGGGUCACUUUGAUGGGCCCAUUUUAUGCUAAGGGUCACUUUGAUGGGCCCAUUUUGUUAAGGGGCACUAUGAUGGGCCCAUUUUAUGUUAAGGGGCAUUUUGAUAGCCACAUUUUUGUUAUGUUAAGGGGCACAUUUUAUGUUGGGGACAUGUGAUGUAAAGGGGCACUCUGA